GGGGAACACUGAGGGCCGCUGUGCAGAAACAUCAACCAGAUGAAAGCAGGGAACGAUACACAAAUUUCAGAAUUCCUUCUACUGGGAAUUUCAGAGGAACCAGAAUUUCAGCCCUUCCUCUUUGGGCUGUUCCUGUCCACGUACCUGGUCACCGUGCUCGGGAAUCUGCUCAUCAUCCUGGCCAUCAGCUCGGACUCCCACCUCCACACCCCCAUGUACUUGUUUCUCUCCAACCUGUCCUUUGCUGACAUCUGUUUCACGUCCACGACCGUCCCAAAGAUGCUGGUGGAUAUCCGAACACAAAGCAAAAUUAUCACUUUUGCAGGCUGCCUCACCCAGAUUUUUUUUUUCGUUGCAUUUGGAUGCCUGGACAAUUUACUCUUGACGGUGAUGGCCUAUGACCGGUUUGUGGCCAUCUGUCACCCCCUGCACUACACAGUCAUCAUGAACCCCCGGCUCUGUAGACUGCUAGUUCUGGGGUCCUGGUGCAUCAGUGUCAUGGUUUCCCUGCUCGAGACCUUGACCAUUUUGAGGCUGUCCUUCUGCACAAACAUGGAAAUCCCACACUUUUUUUGUGAUGUUCUCGAAAUCCUGAAGCUCGCCUGUUCUGAAACCCUCGUCAAUAACAUCGUGAUGUAUUUUGUGACGAUUGCAAUGGGUGUUUUUCCUCUCUCUGGAAUCCUAUACUCUUAUUCUCAGAUUUUCUCCUCCAUCCUGAGAGUAUCACCUGCCCGGGGCCAGCACAAAGCCAUUUCCACCUGUGGGUCUCACCUCUCAGUGGUCACGCUGUUCUAUGGCACGGGCCUUGGGGUCUAUCUCAGUUAGACCUUGGGACCUUGGGGUCUAUCUGCAGCUACACCAUCUUCUAGGACAAGUCUCAUGGCCUCGGUGAUGUACACCAUGGUCACCCCCAUGCUGAACCCCUUCAUCUACAGCCUGAGGAACAGGGACAUAAAGGGAUCCCUGGGGAGAAUCCUCCUCAGGGCAACAUCUCUCAAUACGGGGACCACUGCCAAGCUCUCAUGA